AUUGUCUUAGUAGAAAUUUUUAGGUUAAUUUUUUUAAACGCAAAUUUCUCCCUAGUCAUUCACAGGUUAAUUUUUCCUCAUCUCCCGCCUCACCUCUGCUGUUGUCACCGAGUCGCAAGUCUAGCGUGCCUUCCUAUUGGAUUAUUUCGCCACAUCGUUAUUAUGGGCGUGGAAGCGAUAGAGCCCUAGAAACCCCUUGCUUGGCUAGAAAUAAAGAAGGUUUUGCGUAAGAAAAUUCGAGGGGUCUCGAAGCACAGCGAAACAGAAAUUGUAGGCUAUUUUAUUGCAUACACACGGAAUGAACACGCAAAAAUUCAUGUUCAGCCGCGGGUUCGGACAAAUGAGGUCUCUCACAAAAAGACAACGCAAAGCGUUAUUUAUUCUUUAAGGACGCCAGGAGACAAAUCGAGGCAAAUGGUGGUCUACUGAUCUGUCGAGAUGGCUUUCCAGGGAAAAGAGCAACGGUGUUAACUUCAGAUGACAUCAGAUGGAAAGUGGCAUUUGAUUUAUGGUUAUUAGUAGCAGACUAGCUGCGGAUGUAAUUACAAGCCAUUUCAUUGAAGUCGGCGAACUGAAAAGGCUACAGAUUCUGGCCGUCAUUUUCAUUUCAUUAGCUUAGGCUGGCAGCUUGAACGUUUGCCGGUGCUGACUGGGCAUUAGAGGUAGACUGUGCGCGUGCAUGUACGCACCUGCCUAAAUUAAGCUAGCUGUAAUUGCGCCAAAUUAUCACUCAUUUAUUUUUGCGCAGGCAGCGCAAGCGAAACGAUAGCUGCGUGCGUGUAUAUACAGCAAGGCGUUCCGUGCUUAUUGAGUACAUUUCCAGAUCAAUUCAAGUUGUUAAGCCUAGAUAUUGUUCCUUGGGAAAGUGCGAAAUCGUCCCAUGUUGCACUGCGCCAGAGCGCGCACGCCGCAUGAACUCGGCCGCUGCGCCUCCAUGGUGGAAACGACGCCGCUUCACGUGAACUGGAAACGCUGUUAGAAACACGCUUCGGAGAAGCUCAAUUAGCAUGGAGCCCGGCAGCGGACCCAAACCCGCUGACGGCCCCUCGAUCUCCAAGUGUCCCUCCGUUCCCAAUUCGCAGUGCGAGCUCAACGGGAACAUUUAUGAGUCCAUCAGCGAGGGCAACGUCAAUAUGAUGGACGGCUCGGGCGCGGUGCGCGGUGGAAGCGACCCGAGCGCUUAUCCGCCGCUCUCGAGCUACCUGCGAGUCUCCGGUCGCCAGCGCUUCAUCCGGAGGAGUUUGUGGUUUGCGGACGACGAGCAGGCGCACGAGGCUCCGGAAUACGACGUGCGGAGUGACAUGGCCACCGUAUGUCUGCGAACAAUCGUGGACCGGACCAGGGGCGCUUGGUCAAGCUUGCAGGAAGGCUCGAGCACUGAGAGUCAGGCUGGACAAAAGGACAGCGCCACGGAAAGCACGAGCGCAGACGAGGAUAAGGACAGGGCCGGUUCUGGUGUGAUCACAGGUGCACCAAACGGCGGAAAAAGCAGCAUGAAGACCGCGAGCGAAGAGAACGAAGAAGAGGCCGAGAUGAAGGCCGUCGCCACCUCUCCCAGUGGCCGUUUUCUCAAAUUCGAUAUCGAGCUCGGUAGAGGCUCUUUCAAAACCGUCUACAAGGGCUUAGACACGGAGACCUGGGUGGAAGUGGCGUGGUGCGAACUCCAGGACCGGAAGCUGUCGAAAGUGGAGAGACAACGCUUUAAAGAGGAGGCUGAGAUGUUGAAGGGUCUGCAACAUCCAAACAUUGUACGGUUCUACGACUUCUGGGAAUCUCUGCUCAAAGGGAAAAAAUGCAUCGUUCUGGUGACAGAACUCAUGACCUCAGGGACAUUAAAAACCUAUCUGAAGCGCUUCAAAGUGAUGAAGCCCAAAGUGUUACGCAGCUGGUGUAGGCAGAUCCUGAAAGGCCUUCACUUUCUACACACACGUGCCCCUCCCAUCAUCCACCGGGACCUGAAGUGUGACAACAUCUUCAUCACCGGUCCAACAGGCAGUGUGAAAAUCGGAGACCUGGGCCUGGCAACACUUAAGAGAGCCUCUUUUGCGAAGAGCGUCAUUGGCACUCCAGAGUUCAUGGCCCCGGAGAUGUAUGAGGAGCACUAUGACGAGUCAGUGGAUGUGUAUGCCUUUGGCAUGUGUAUGCUGGAGAUGGCCACAUCAGAAUAUCCCUACUCAGAGUGCCAGAAUGCUGCCCAGAUCUACAGAAAAGUCACCAGCGGUGUGAAGCCUGCAAGCUAUAACAAAGUCAAGGACCCUGAGGUCAAGGAGAUCAUUGGCGAGUGUAUUUGCCAGAAUAAAGAAGAGCGUUACUCCAUUAAGGACCUUCUGAAUCAUGCAUUUUUUGCGGAGGACACAGGCGUGCGAGUGGAACUGGCUGAGGAGGAUGAUGGAAGAAAGGCCUCCAUUGCACUCAAGCUGUGGGUGGAGGACUCUCGCAAGUUGAAGGGCAAGUACAAGGACAGCGGUGCCAUAGAGUUUACCUUUGAUCUUGAGAAGGAGGUGCCCGAGGGCGUGGCUCAAGAGAUGGUGGAAUCAGGUUUAUUUCAUGAGAGUGAUGCAAAGAUAGUGGGUAAGUCUAUCCGGGACAGAGUGGCAUUGAUAAAGUGGCGAAGAGAACGGACAGUAACCUCAGCCAUGCAGAGUGGCGUGGCUCAGACAAUGCAAGUCCAGGUACCCCUUGGCUCCGUGCCGACUGUGUGUGAACCUAUUGGCAUGUUAGAGCCUGAGGAAACCGAGGCAGACCAGCAUGCCCAACUGGCCCAACUGAGCAGCAGCACUACCUCUGCUACAUCUGACAGUGGUAUUGGUUCGAUCAUAUACUCUGACUCCCACAGCAGCAGCUUGCACAGUGUCAUUUACCCGUCACUGCAGGAACCUGUUUCCACAGCAGUGCAGCAGUGCCAUGUGACUGGCCGUUUUUUGACAUCUCAUGACCCUGAUUUUGAAGUGUGCUCUUGCUCCCAUGGAACUGGGUCUAAAACAGGUUUCCGUCGCCAAAGCACCACUGUGAUUGACACUCUCAGAGACCAUUCAUAUAUCCAGGCAGUUCUCCAGCCAGUAAGUCCAGACUCCAACCCAUUACCGCAGUUGGAGUUGAAGGAGAUGAAGGGGAAUGAUUCUUUUACGGCGAAGUUGUUGCUUUCUCCAUUACCAUCUGAUACUCGACGCCAUAGUGACUCAUCAGUGCUGCUUUCACCUGAGAGUGAGUCGGACGACGUUGUAUCGAAAUCACCGGGGUGUCGAUAUUGUCUAAAUCAUGCCCCUUUGACACCACAUCCCUUGUGCCCAUCCUGCCGAUUGCUUUUCUUAUCUAGGACAAGAAAAAGCUCCAGCCCAUGUGCGAUAGUCCCCACUCCAUGUAUAUGUGGUGGCCAACUUGUUUCUCGAACUGGACUUCUACUUGGAGUAGGUGGGCACAGAGGUUCUCUCAGUGAGGACUCUUCCCUGUCAGAGCUUAACAAAUCCCUGGAAAACAUCACAGGCAACAAACAUGUCCCAAAUCCUGCCUUACUAAGAGUCCCAUCAAUGGAAAUCGAAACAGGGCCAUCACGCUCUGUGCGCAGUCACGGUGACGAGAAUGAGUUGACAGAGUCUCUGAGUUCUGAGCAAAUGUCAAAGAUGGCAAUGCACCGCAGAGCAAGUGUGUGCAUGGGUGACCGUACUGUCACGUAUCCGUCCGGCACACUGGGUCUUCAGAGCCAGCCAGCAUCAGCUGCGUCUCUACAGGUGCCUGGUCAUCUGCUCCAGCCCUCACAAAGUUAUGUGCAAGCUGUUCCAAACACUGUACCUUUGCAACCUAGCUAUGUGCCAGCAUGCCAGCCUGUGCAGCCACAGACUUUCUCUUCACUGCCCUCCACAGCACAACAGCAAGCAACAAUCAUCCAAUCAGUUCAGUCUACACCGGCACAGAGUGUGUCAACUAUACCCCAGAUGGUGAAUGUACAGAGCUGCCCUCUUACAAGACUGUCUGGGCAACCAUUUGCUCAGGCAAAUGCCACAGUCCCACAGAGCUACACUCCUGGUGUUCAGCAACUUGCAAGUAUGCACAUUUUACCACCCUUGCAGCAAGCUGAAGCUGGCCAGACAUUGCCAUCAUUGCAGCAAGCCACCCAAAAUGUACUGCCUGAUCAACAGUCUGCCGGUUCAACUGUGCAACAUUUGACGAAUGUCCAGAAUCUCCCACCCUCGCAGUGCAGUGUGCAGCCCAUUUCAGGCUACAUAGCAGUACAGCAUGCCUCCACUGUGCAGAGUUUCCAGGAAGCUGCAGCACUGAAGCUAAGCAUGCAAGCAUCUCAGAGGGGAGCUCCCAGCCUUCAGCAUGGCUUGUCUGGAGCCACAACGAUGGGCCAAGACGAUUCUCUUCUGUCUGGGCAAGCAACAAAACAGAAAGGUCUUCAUGCAGCUGGCAUGAUAGCUGCCGGAAAAUCAGACUUCAAAGAAUCUGCUAUUCUAACUGCACCUUCACAAACAAGUCACAAGAUUGAAGUUCCAGCCCAACUGGCCCCAACUUCUCAACAGCCUUUAGUACAAAGUUUUGCUGCUCAACAAGUGCAAAUACAUCAGACUUCCUCGUCUCAGAAGCAAACUCAUCUCACACAGUCAUCCUUCCCUCCGCUCUAUCUCUCCACUGGCCAACCUGUGCCUGCCCCUCCCUCUGUUUCACCGGGGCCCGACUUGCGGAUGGAUGGCACUGUGCCAACACCCCACCCACUCCUACCCGCUGCUUCCUCUGCACCAUCACACUGUUCCCAACAAGCCUGUGCACCUCCUAUGUUCACAAGUAUAAUAUCCACACUACAAUACUCCCAACAGAGCUACAGUAUGGCUCCCCAACAAAAUACAAUCUCCAUGGCCACACCUUGUUUGCACCCCCUCAUGCAGACCACUUCCCCAGUUUACCCUUCCCAUCUUACUUCACCGAGCACUGCUUCUGUGUCUGCAGGAGCUCCUCCCAUCUUUCAGGCUACUCAGGGAGCUCCCAGCAACAAUAACCAGUCCCAAAUUGGGCUUCCAGCCCUGGUGAGCUCAUGCCAGAGCUCUGCUCCAGUCCAUACCACUCUGACCAUUGCUGUUCCAGUUCAUUCUUCUCAGACAGCUGUCACAGUGGCUCCCCAUGCUACUGCUGUCCCUGGCCACUAUGCACAAACUGCCCCUGCUGCCCAGCUGACAACUUCUGUGCCGAAAGGCAUUGCACCAGAUCCUUUGAGCACUGGGGAGUCUCUGGAUACGAACCAGGAACUUCAGGCCUCUGCAGUCACCACUAAAAUGACUCAGCAAACACAGCCCAGCAGUAACAUCACGACUCCUCACGUUCAGCAGUGCAGUGAGGGUGGAAGAGGAGCAAGCCAGCCAGCCACUGAAGUAUUUGCGGAGGAGUGUGCUCUAGAUAAGCAGACAACAGUGGCUGCAUAUGACAGUGUGAACUCGGAUGCCACCUCAGGAAAAGAGAUGAGUGAUGGGAAUGAGGGAACGCAUGGUGGAAGGAGCGAGUCGAGGGUCCGCAAACAUCAUCGCAAAUCCUCCCGCACACGCUCCCGGCAGGAGAAGACUGGCAAGCCAAAACUGAGCAUGCUCAACGUGUGUAACACGGGUGACAAGAUGGUGGAAUGCCAGCUGGAGACUCACAACCACAAGAUGGUCACCUUUAAGUUUGACCUUGAUGGAGAUGCUCCAGAGGAGAUUGCCACAUACAUGGUUGAGAAUGACUUUAUCUUGCUGCUUGAGAAGGAGAUGUUCAUUGAGCAGCUGAAGGAUAUAGUGGAGAAGGCUGAGGACAUCCUGAGUGAAGAUGCUGAGGGAGCGAAGAGCUCAGGACAGCUGUCACAGCCUCAUCAGAACCUCAAAGGGGGUUCGGGUUUUGAGGGAGCAAAUCCCCAGCAAACUCAGUCUAAUCAACUGGUAUACCAGCAAAAUGUACUUCACACUGGAAAACGUUGGUUCAUCAUCUGCCCUGUGGCGGAGACCACAAAUAACGGUGAAGACAAUGUCACAGCCAAAGACCCAGGGGGCACACCUGCAGCUCAAAUGCAAGACAUUAGCAUAGGCGAAGCCAGACCUCUCCAGAACAAACCACUACUGUCUAACGCCGCCCUCAGUGUCCCUGAACACACCCAAACAGUGGAUGAUCCUCAAAGUACUCAUUCAGCAGGAAUGUCCAUGGUUGCUGACAUACCAUGCUGUCCUAUUGCCCCUCCCACUUCCCAGGCUGAUAUCGUUAAAAAUGUACCCCCUUCCCAGCCAGCCAGUCAUGACCCCAACCCUGUCUCAGACACAUCUUUGAGCCAGGUUCAACCAGUAGUGCUUCAGCAGCCAUUUUCCACACCUGUUCCACCUCCUACGCAGUCACAGCCUCCGAGCCCUGCCCAUCAAACACAACAAGGUCCUCCUACUACGUCAGGGCCUACCACUUCUCACACACAGCCAGGGAGUGGACCAGCGGAGUCUGAUGGGGAAGGGCCUCCUAGACUAGAGUUCACCGAUAGGACGAUAAAGACACUUGAUGAGAAGCUCAGAAAUCUUCUGUACCAGGAGCAUAAUCCCUCACAAUGUACAAGCUCCACCUCAGAUCCUCCUGGCUCACCUCCAGUAUCAGACAGCCAAAGCAACGAUGGACCACUGAGAAGAGGGGAGGUCCUGCCUCAGAUUCCAGAGAGGGGUGAUAGUCUCGGUACCUUGAGUGACUCUGCUGUUGCCCCCUUAAAUAGGCAGUUGACAACUGAUUUAGAGGGCAACUCUGAUGGACACCGUACCUCGAAAAGCCGUUUCCAGGUUGUUCCAACGGCACCGGAUAUUGUCCAGAGUUUGGAGUGUGGCAGAAAGAGCAGAACUUCCUGCAGUUCUGCAGCACCUGGCCACACAGAAGAAGAGGCUGCAGUGACCACAAAUGUUGGAGUUUCCACUGUAAAUGAGAAUGGAGGCCGAACCAUGCAAAUGUGCCAUAGAAAUCGUUAUUCAGCUCCUCCAAACCUCUAUCAGGACAUGCGUGGAGCGUGUCCUUCCAGCGUGGAGGCCUUGACCUCAAUGCCUCAUGCUCAGACCUCCCUGUCUAUGGAUGCAGCAGCACAGCAUGGCCUCCACUUCUCCACAGAUUCGGGUGAAGAGGACAACCUGCCCCAUAAACCUGCCCAGGCCAUUACCAGCCAAUCAGAGCACAGUGGAAGUGAUCUUGUAAAGCGUGCCGUGGCUUUCUUUCGACGCUCUGGCCGCAGCAGCAGCGUGCAGAGCUCUGAUUCGCCCAGUCGUCCACCAGUUCUUAAUGGCCAUGCUCCACGUGUUUCAAGCCAUGCUCACUCUGCAUAUGUCAGCAGUGAUAACGAUUCUGAGUUUGAGGACGCCGACAUGAAAAAGGAGCUGCAGAAACUCCGAGAAAAGCAUAUGAAGGAAAUCUCUGAGCUGCAAGCCCAUCAGAGAAGUGAGCUCGAGCAGCUUUAUUCACGGCUUGGACGACCCGUACCUCCUAGUGUGGGAUUCCUGCAUGCAGUACCUCCCACUGGCCGCCGCCGCCGAACCUCCAAACACAAGCUGAAAGCGUGCAAACUUCUUAAUCCAACCGUGCAACAGCUCAAAUCUAACCAUGCCUGCAGCCCAGCAGAGACCUGUUCCAGCAUAUCAGGAUCUCCAGCUAAAAGCUCAGUUCUAGGUAACAGCUCUGUGGCUUCCAGCAUGGCCGCACUGCAGAGUCCAGUGUCUGAACCUCUGCAACCAGUCCAAACACAGCAGCCAUGCUCGCUCAAAGUCUCACUGUCCUCUGAUAACAUCUAUGACUCAGCCCCACAUGCGCUCCAAGGGCAAGGCUGGACCGUUUACCACCAAACAUCCGAGAGAGUCACCUAUAAAUCUAGUAGCAAACCACGCACUAGAUUCCUCAGUGGACCUGUGUCUCUGUCCAUCUGGUCUACUCUGAAACGACUAUGUCUAGGCAAAGAGCGCUCAAGCUCAGCAUCCUAUCAACAAUCAGCCCUCUCUCCUGUGGCCAUGCCUGUACCUGAUCCUCAGCCGUUUACAACACUAGCUCAGGCUCAGACUAACAACAGCAAUAACAAAAAGCGAACAUUCACUGAAGACUUGCACAAGCUGGUUGAUGAUUGGGCAAAAGAGACGCUCGCUGCUGGCCAUCAGUCCCGCCCUUCCCUUAACCAAAUCAAGCAGCAGCAACGGCAUCAGGACUUGAAGGGCAUGCCUACGCAUAUGAGUGGAGCCACAGUUCAGAUGAGGGCUUCUGUGCCCCCAAAUUUGCUGCCAUUCCAGCUGCCUCUCCCGUGCCCUCUCUCAGCUGCUCCAGGUCCCAGCGUGCCCCCUACCCUCAGUAAAACCCCCUCACCCAUUCUCCGUCCAUCAUAUAUGCUCCCCACUGGCCCUUUUGGAGGGGCGAUGCCAGCUUCUGGGUACCAAACCCAGUGGCCUCAGGUCCCCUGUCCAGUUGGCACAAUGGGGCCAGUGAACAUGAUUGGUGCAUCGGGUAUUGGUGCACCCCUCCCUCCUUUGGUUAACCCUGCAGUGCAAACCUUUCCCAUGGCAUUGAAUGGCUCGCAAAACCCCACAUGCAGAGGCAGUGCCAGAACUGUAUAACCAUACCAUCGUUACCAUAACUGGUGUUCCUCUGUAAUGCAAAGCUUUCUACUAUGCUAUAUAAGUUAGAACUAUGCCGAUCAUUCAGUGACUCCCUGGUUAUAUCAGUAACUUCCUUCUUAGCUGGUUUUGUUGGCUGGUAAAUGAUCAGUGUCUGUCAUAGACAUGCUAUGGUGUGCAGGUUCCCCAGGCCUCACUCUGAAACUGCAGUACCCAUAGUCCUGUUGCAUUGGUCCAGUGUUAUUGAUGUCAGCAACAGUCUGAAUUUGACAGCAGACACAUCAGUACAUAGCCUCAGAGCUUGUAAAUAGUGUGUAUGUUUGUGUGUGUGUGUGUGCUUGAACAAGUGCAAGUAAGUCUGCAUUUGUCUGGCCUUUAUGAAUUCUACAGCCAUAGUGAGUCAUAAUUUUAUGGUCUCUAUCUGUCAGUCUUUUUCACAUCUCAGCAAUCACCGUUUGCUAAGGUUAAGAUGGACAGAAACACAUUUACCAAUGGCUGCAAGAGUGUACAUGCACAAAAAUGACACACACUUCAAAGAGCAAAUCAGAAAUAAAAUGAAA